ACCCAGAGGACCCAGAGUGUGGGUCAGGAGCCCCUGAGGAGGCAGGGGUCGUCGUCUGCAGGUCGCGCCCCCCAGCCCCUCUCUGCUCAGGCCAUCAAGCACAUCUGGGUACGCACCGCCCUCUUCGAGAAGGUCCUGGACAAGAUCGUACAGUACAUCGUGGAUAACUCCAGGUAAAAAAAUGGCAACUUCUGCAUUAACUCACACUGCACUGUAUGCAAAGAGCUAUAGGUUAUCAAUGUCUGUUCCAGUCAUGACUACUCUAUAUUUUAAUUUAAUUAGCUUUCUCCCUGUUGCUUUUGUUCUGCACACUACAUUACUGCCUCUCUUGAAUUUUCAGACCCCGUAAUUUCAUUCCAUGUUUUGUCUUACAUUAGGCCUAAUGGAGUCAGUUGAGUGGUGUUUUCUCAUGUUGGACUCAAUGCUCUUUUGUUUCUCUACAUUGUGUGUGUGUGUGUGUGUGUGUGUGUGUGUGUGUGUGUGUGUGUGUGUAUUGUCUCUACAGUAAGUACUAUGAGACGGAGUCUCUGAUGCAUGACUCAGUGUUUGGACCCAUCCUGGCAUGUCUACUAGGUAAGUUGCCACUACGAGCUGUUAUAAAAUGCUACAUUGGGUUGUUAUAAUGCUACAUUGGGUUGUUAAAAUGCUACAUUGGGUUGUUAUAAUGCUACAUUGGGUUGUUAUAAUGCUACAUUGGGUUGUUAUAAUGCUACAUUGAGUUGUUAUAAUGCUACAUUGGAUUGUUAUAACGUCUCAAUGGACUGUUAUAAUGCUACAUUGAGUUGUUAUAAUGUCUCUACGGACUGUUAUAAUGCUACAUUGGGUUGUUGUAAUGUCCCUACAGACUGUUAUAAUGCUACAUUGGGUUGUUAUAAUGCUACAUUUAGGUGACACAAAAGCACAUACUGUAGAUACUCUUUUUGCUUAUAUUUACUCUCUCUCCCUCCCUCAUUCUCACCCUCUUUUACCCCCUCUUUCGCUCUCCCCCCUCCACCCGUCCCCCCUCCAGUGGGUCCCUGUGCUCUGGAGUACACUAAGCUGAAGACGUCCGACCACUUCUGGACGGACCCGUCCGCCAACGAGUUGGUCCAGCGCCACCGGAUCCACGGGGCCCACCGUGGUCAGGACGCUUCCCCCAGCAGGAGGCCCGCUCUGGGGGUGAGAGAGGCUGGGUCCCUGGGGGGCCUGGGGAAUGCAUGGGGCACUUACUGGAGGAGUCGAUCAAUACAGUACAAUACAUUCUGUGAGGAUUCAAUGAGCAGCUAUGGCAAUAAUCAUUUCCUGUACGUUUAUUUAGCCAGGAUAGUCCACUCAGUAACAGGGAGUCCUGGGAGUAGUCUCUCAGAAGGGCUUAGACCCUUGUGGUCAGACAAUAGGGCUAAGUAACUACAGGGUCAAAUCCCCAGUGGGUAAAGAACAGAGUCAGUUUCAAUCAUGGUCACAUGGUCUGCAUCCCUAAUGACACCCUAGUCCCUAUAUAGCGCACUACUUUUGAUCAAGGCCCCAAAUGGUGCCAGUCACAUUCUGUUGAAGGUCCCCAAAGCACACACUUCCCUGGGUCGCUCCUCUUUUCAGUUCGCUGCAGCUAGCAACUGGAACGAGCUGCAAAAAACACUCGAACUGUACAGUUUUAUCUCCAUCUCUUCAUUCAAAGACUCUAUCAUGGACACUUUUACUGCCACUUGUGGCUGCUUCUCGUGAUGUAUUGUUGUCUCUACCAUUUUGUCUUUUGUCCUGUUGUCUGUGCCUAACAAUGUUUGUGCUGCUACCGUGUUGUGUUGUUGUCAUGUUGUGGUGUCUCUCUUUAUGUAGUGUUGUGGUCUCUCUUUAUGUAGUGUUGUGGUGUCUCUCUUUAUGUAGUGUUGUGUUUUGUUGUGGUGUCUCUCUUUAUGUAGUGUUGUGGUGUUCUCUUAUGUAGUGUUGUGGUGUCUCUCUUUAUGUAGUGUUGUGGCUGUGUUGUUAUGUAGUGUUGUGGUGUCUCUCUUUAUGUAGUGUUGUGGUGUCCUCUUUAUGUAGUGUUGUGGUGUCUCUCUUAUGUAGUGUUGUGGUGUCUCUCUUUAUGUAGUGUUGUGGUGUCUCUUUAUGUAGUGUUGUGGUGUCUCUUUAUGUAGUGUUGUGGUGUUCUUUAUGUAGUGUGUGUUCUCUUAUGAGUUUGUGGUGUCUCUCUUUAUGUAGUGUUGUGGUGUUCUCUUUAUGUAGUGUUGUGGUCUUCUUUAUGGUAGUGUUGUGGUGGCGUCUUUUAUGUAGUGUUGUGUGUCUCUUUAUGUAGUGUUGUGGUGUCUCUCUUUAUGUAGUGUUGUUUGGUUGUUCUCUUUAUGUAGUGUUGUGGUGUCUCUCUUUAUGUAGUGUUGUGGUGUCUCUCUUUAUGUAGUGUUGUGGUGUCUCUCUUUGUAUGUUGUGGUGUUCUUAUGUAGUGUUGUGUCUCUCUUUUGUAGUGUUGUGUUCGAUUGGUGUCUCUAUGUAUGUUGGGUUGUGCUCUCUUUAUGUAGUGUUGUGGUGUCUCUCUUUAUGUAGUGUUGUGGUGUCUCUUUAUGUAGUGUUGUGGUGUCUCUCUUUAUGUAGGUGUUGUGGUGUCUCUCUUUAUGUAG